AUAAUUAUUUUUUUAGGAAAAAUGUUGUUCCCUAAUCAAAUAGAUCGUCAGAUCCUCAUUGCCCAAAGAUUUCCCCUAAUUUGACUUCCAACGGAUCCUCUCCUGAAUAAUAGAAUUCGAUACUCACCUUCUUUCUUUGUUUUCACCCUGUAAUUAUUGGGAUUGUUGCUGUAAUUGGGAAUUAUAUCACCAUUGUUUACAUUCCCUUUUCUAAAUCCAAUUUUCUGCUACAUUUUUUAUGAAUUUUAGGGUUCAAUCUAGUAGCAAUUUUGAUGAUAUCUUUAUGCGCCCAAUUAUAGAAUCGGAAACGAAAACCCCUUAAUUUUUACCAGUUUGUGGGUUUUCCUUUUUUUAUUUCUUGAUAUCUGGGGGAAUCCAUCAGUUGGCGGAAGGUGAGUGAAGUUCUCUGGGUUUUAGUUGUGGUUUGAUUGAAGGUACGAAGAGGAAAUCUUUUUAUGGUUCAAUGAAUGUGUCAGUGAAGAAAUUGAUGUAUUUAGGAUGCCGAGGGAGAAGAUGGAGCUGAACCCUUUCUUCAACUUCGUUUGUUGAUUUUGAUGGCCAAUUCUCAACAUCGCUGCGUUUUUGUUGGAAACAUACCAUACGAUGCAACUGAAGAACAGCUUGUACAAAUUUGUGAGGAGGUUGGCCCUGUAGUAUCGUUCAGAUUAGUUAUCGAUAGAGAAACUGGUAAGCCCAAAGGUUAUGGGUUUUGUGAGUACAAGGAUGAAGAAACAGCUCUAAGUGCUCGACGUAAUCUCCAUGGUUAUGAUAUCAAUGGCAGACAGUUAAGAGUUGAUUUUGCUGAAAAUGACAAAAAUGCCGACAAAAGCCGAGAACAGGGUCGUGGUGGACCUGGACUAGCUCCAAAUAUUGCUCCUCAAAAGCAAAUCGGGGGUCCUGCAGUGUAUGGAGAUCCUAGUCUUCACCAGGCUGUUGGUAUCCAAGUCGCUAUGGCUGCUGCAAUUGUGAUGGCUGGAGCUCUUGGAGGUGCUCAGACUAAUACCAACACAAGUCAAAAUGGUGUCCAGAGUCAACCAGUACUGGGAAAUGAUCCUUUGACUCUUCAUCUGGCUAAAAUGCCCAAAGGCCAGCUGGCUGAGGUUUUGACUGAACUGAAGACGAUAGCUACUCAAAACAAGGAACAAGCACGCCAGCUGUUACUUGCGCACCCACAGUUGUCAAAAGCGGUUUUGCAGGCUCAUAUAAUGCUAAAAUCGGUUCCUCCCCACAUGUUACAGAUGCCAAAUACCCGGCAGAUUCCUGGUCCACAUGCACAUCCUUCGCUUCAAGGUAGUUCACUGGGUCAACAAUCUUCAGCACAAGCUCUUCCUGGGCUGCCGCCUCUUGCUCAGAACAAAAUGCAACUUGGAUUCACGCCUCAAUCUCAAAGUCAACCCUCUUCUGGCCAUCCAGUUUCAUUGAUUCCCAGCCAGUAUGCUGCACCAUCACUUUCUCUGCAGCCUCGGUUUCAGACUCCACAGCCAGCGCAGCAUCAGGUUUUACAACAUUCAACAUUAUCAGGACUACCAACUGGCGGAAAUCUUCAACCGUUACAUCUGCAACAACCAGUCAGUCUGUCUAAUCGAGCUGAAAAUCAGAUGGCAACCUCCUCGUCUAUGCAACCAUCUUUGCUGCAGUACCAUGGACAGAAUGCUUCUGCGAAUCUAGGACAUAAUACCCAUGUAGUUGCGCCUGUGCAGUCUUCUAUUCCAACUCAUCCGCUAUUACAAGACAACGUGUUUAAGCCUAGCUCCUCAAUUGGGUCUGCUACAUUAAAUAAUGGAAACAAGGAUCAUGACAAGCCUCCACAUUUAUUGCAUAAUCCUGCUUGGGGGCAUAAAGUUGAACAUCAUCCAAACAUGGCUUCAAGGUUGAAUGACAAAGAUCAAAUCAGUCAUCCUCCAAAAUUGUUGAAGAUGGAGGAUGGGAGGGGUUCCACUUUCUCACCUGCAGAUUUAAAUGUUUCUGCUUCUGUUAUGGGGUCGUCUCAAGCUGUUCCAUUAUCUGGAAACCAGAUUUUAAAAGCAGGGACUAUGGACUCCCAAAAGCAGAACCAUGAGCUUCCGGUUGGUAUUGAAUCGGCUUUGUUGCAACAAGUGCUGAAUCUGACUCCAGAGCAGUUAAGUUCGCUGCCACCUGAACAACAGCAGCAAGUGAUUCAGCUUCAGCAGAUGCUUCGACAAUCGAGUUAGUCAUAGAGAAUCUGCAAAUUUUUUUGGCAUAUGGAGGAUGUAGAAAUAUAGUUCAGAAUCCUGAGGGGAUGAAGAUCCAAUUACAAAUUAGUUUUAAAGGAAAAAUAGAUUUCGAAAUAUAGUUUUUUAUAUCCAUGUUUUUCUAACAAAUUGCAAAUCUUUGGUGUCUAAAUUUAUGUAUUUUUGUAGGGUGAAUGACAUAUUGGUGUCAUUGGAUUGUUAAGUAUUUCAUGAAUUAUUGUUAUUCAUCAACUACUUUUUCUGAAGGGUGUUAUAUGCACAUCUAU